GUUGCAAGAGGAGAGUCCACUUUGAAUGGGAGAGAGAGGAGGAGUCCCCCGGCGGCACUUUGUGACAGGCAGCCGCUCCUGCUUCCCAGACGACUGCACCUGCAGCAAUGAGCACCUCCCUGCUGUCCCCCCGCGUCUAGAUCUGCGCGCUGAGUACGAGGCAGGAGGGGUCGCAGAGUGAGGGGAUACCAGGCACCAUGGCGGAAGAAAGGAAUAAGAGAGCCGUCACUGAGCUGGCACGGAGACCAGGCAAUACUGUCUGCGCUGACUGUGGGGCUCCAGAUCCCGACUGGGCAUCGUACACACUGGGGUUGUUCGUCUGCUUAAGCUGUUCUGGAAUCCAUCGCAACAUCCCUCAGAUCAGCAGAGUGAAGUCUGUCCAUUUAGACCCCUGGGACGAUGUGCAGAUUGAGUACAUGUCUUGCCUGGGAAACAAAGUGGCAGAAGCAAAAUUUGAAUCUAAAGUGCCGGCGUUUUAUUACAAACCCACCUCUUCUGAUUGCCAACUGCUUCGGGAGCAGUGGAUCAGGGCCAAAUACGAGAGGAAAGAAUUCAUUCUGAUUGAGAAGCAGGAGCCCUAUUCCGCAGGUUAUAGAGAAGGACUUCUCUGGAAGCGAGGACGAGACAAUGGGCAGUUUCUAAGCCGAAAAUUUGUCCUUUCCGAACGGGAAGGAGCAUUAAAAUAUUUUAACAAAAAUGAUGCAAGGGAGCCCAAAGCCUUUAUGAAGAUUGAAUAUAUAAACGCCACUUUCCAGCCGACCAAGAUCGGGAACCCAAACGGCCUGCAAAUUACCUACUUGAAGGACAACAGUACAAGGAAUAUCUUUGUGUAUCACGAGGAUGGGAAGGAGAUUGUAGAUUGGUUCAAUGCCAUACGAGCUGCACGCUUUCACUACUUACAAGUGGCUUAUCCCCGUGCCCGGGACGUUGAGCUGGUGCCAAAACUGACAAGGAAUUUUCUGAAAGAAGGAUUCAUGGAAAAAACUGGUCCAAAGCAUACAGAAGGCUUUAAAAAACGAUGGUUUACUCUGGACGACAGAAGGUUAAUGUACUUCAAAGAUCCAUUGGACGCAUUCGCCAAAGGAGAGGUUUUUAUUGGGAGUGCAGAGAACAACUACGAAGUACAAGAAGGACUUCCAAGCUCCACGCAGGGGAACCACUGGCAGUACGGCAUCACUAUAGUCACUCCGGAUAGGAAGUUCUUGUUUGCAUGUGAGACUGACUCUGAUCGUGCCGAGUGGAUGGCGGCUUUCAGAACAGUUCUCAGUCGGCCUAUGCUCCCACAGGAAUUUGCAGUGGAAGCUCACUUCAAGCAUAAACCAUAGAAGAAGGAAAUUCCGCAUCUGUUUACAAAUGCACAAGGUUUACAGCCAAGAAAAAUGAAUUCACCUACACAAAUGACUGAAAAUAUGGGGGAAGCUCACUAAUAAUAAAAAGAACAAAAGCUACGUUUGUUCCAAGCUCCAGUCUGGGUCUGCUGGAACCCACUUGGAUUUCCAUGUUUCACUACACUUGUUUGAGGAAGUGCUAAGAGUUUGCCAGUAUUGUCUCCAGGCCAUGAACACGUGAGCUCUAGUGCCAAAUCCCGAAACAGGAACCGCACCGCGUCUGUGAAUCUGCACCAGUUAUUUCUCUGUGUGUCGGGAAUGGAGCACUCACUCAUUUGCAUUGAUAAGGGAAAUACACAGGCAGGACUUUUAUUUGCACUCUUGGAGCCUGGAUUUCUCCACCAAUCCAACUGUACAUAUUCCAUCGCCUCAACAUCUCAUUCAGCAUCGGAACCAAGACCAACGGGCCCACCGUUUCAUUAUUGGAACCACUUUCCAUAUUGGAGUCACUUACAGAAUUGAAACCAAGAACAGCCAACAGGAUUCCAUUGCUGCAAAAUAUUGGGCAACUUAGGGUUUCAUCCAUAUAGAAAUGGUCUAUCAGUGAUAACUGGGGCUUCGUCCUUUCAUUUCAUAGGAUGAAGUGUAAGGACAUAGCUGAUUGUACUCAGAGAACAUUUCUUCCUUGCUUAUUUACAUUUAGACUUCUGAGAAGCAGGUACCAUAUUGUUUGCUGCAGCAACAGAAUCGGAAUCUCUUAAAGGGGAACAAUCGCGAAAAUGAAAAUUCAAUAUAAGAUACAGCAUACUGAAAUAAGAGGUUUUCUAAAUAUAAUCAAUUAAAAAUGAUGUUCAGUUUCUGAAAUAAUCAAGUUUAUCUUCACUAUUCCUCUCUCAGCAUCUGCUUCUCCUCAUUCGGUCUUCAUUCAGGAGUUGGGUGUCAGAUUUUCAUUGACAGUUAGAUCCAAUAUAUCUUAUUGGGGGCUCCUUUUGCUAGAGUCCUGCGCUGAACCAAUUUGUUAAACCCAAACCCAGACCCGCAACACACACAUACUUACCCGCUUGGACCCGCUACCCGACCCGAGAAACAGGAAGAGCUGUCAUUGUAAACCGGAAGUGACAUCAUUAGAAGUAGGCAUGAUCA